CCCGAUGUUUCAUAGAGACAUCGCCGCCAUGGCCUCGACAAAAGGUUCGGCUCGGGCAGCUGCAGUGAGUGGUGGAUUUAGCUUUGAAGGAGACUCUUUGCCCGAUUUCAGUGAGUUUGACUCGACUUCAGUGGUUCUGGAUUACCAAAACGAGAGUGAACACUUGAGUCAAGACAAGAUUCCCUUGUGCCAGUGUGUCGUGUGCUGACUCGCCUGCUUGCUCGCCAACUUUUUGACCCCGAUAGCAACCCUCAGCGACUAAGCUGCGGCCCAACAACCUUCACAUCCCUAACAGGCGCCCUUCUGAGGGCAAAAUGGCGCCCACGACCACCAUCGAGACAGUGACCAUCACGCGACCCCUCAAGGUCAUCGCGUUCAUCUGCGGGAUCAUCGUGGUGAUGCUGAUGGUGAUGGCCCUGGCGAGCACCGACUGGCUGAUGGCGGCCGGCUGGCGUCAAGGCCUCUUCAUGCACUGCAUCAGCGACGACGCGCCCACGCCACUGCCCUUCAACAUUGUCGCCGACCCAGACUGCUACCCCGCCAGAGACGUCGCGUAUAUCAAAGCAGCAGCAGCUCUGUGUGUGGUUUGUCUGCUGACCGACUUGUUCGCCACCCUGAUGGCCGGCCUCGGGCUGCGCAGCACCGACCACCGCAAAAAGUACACCUACUACCGAGUGGCCGUUUACAUCAUGAUCCUCUCACUGAUCUCGCUGCUGCUGGCCCUGGUCAUCUACCCCGUCUACUUUGCCUCCGAGCUGAAAGAAGGUAAGGCAGGAAACCGGACAGUGUGGGAGUUCGGCUGGGCCUACGGAGUGGGCUGGGGCGCUGCCAUCUUCCUCUUCGGUGGAGUCAUCCUGCUGUUGUGCGACAAGGAGUCGGAAGAGAUCUACUACAAGGAGCGCAAGAUUGUCCAUGACACGGACUCUACGAGAGCCUAGUGGGUCCGGCAGGGCACGAAGCACCCUCCUCCACCCCCUCUCCCUGACGUGACGCUGUAAUUUCGAGUAAAAGAGCUAUCAAAAGGACCAUCGGAGUUAGAAAACCGAAAAACGCAUAUUUCGCGAAUUAGCCGCCUUGGAACUAAAAGAGACGCAAAUUCAAAAGAUGAGGAAACUUUUAGUAGAUCAUUAUGGUCCUGAUGAGGGGCCUAGUCGAAUGGAAGUCAGCAGCGUAACGUCAUGGAGUUGUGUGGAGGAGAGAUAAGCUCGUCUCCCUGCCUACUGUGGUUGUCAGCUUUCCUUUGUUGUUGUUUUUUGGUUUCUGCUUUUUGAUGAUGAUGAAAAAAAUAUGACGACAAAACAAUGAGAACUCCUAAACAGAGGUUUAACAUUAAUACUACUAAACUACCAUAUAACAAUGAAGAAGCUGGUGUUUUUGAGAUGUGAACGAGAGUUAAUCGUCCAACGUAGCUGCUUUGGCACGGCAUCUUUAUAACCUUGUUGUCCCUGAAUUCCUAAUAAUAUGUGACCAUUUGUAAUUUUUAUAUAUGAAAAAAAAGAAGAAAGUAUUUAAAUAACAGUGUGACUGAAUGAGAUUAGAUUUAAUGAAAACACAGAAUGUUAUAUUGUACUACGGAGUUAACUGUAUAUUCAUGUGAAAUCAAUUCAACAAUUACUAUAUAAAUUAUGUAUUUAAAUGGAAACGAGAAAUGUUUGCUUUCGGGGAUUGUGAAACAAUUCAAAGGAACUGCUUCGUCAAUUGCAGAGAGAAGCAAAACUAUUUGUAUAAUCUAUACUAUGUAACACAAAUUUCCAGACUACUUUACCCGAGACAUUACAUAGCACUACAACACUGUUUGCCACUCACCUCACUGUUGGCUCAUUCAUUUUGAUUAAUUAAAAGGCACUUCUGUUACAAUCAAUUUCCUAAAUGUUCAAGAAUAUCAAAUGCAUUUAAAUCUUGCUAUACUAACAGCUGUCUUUUUGAAAAUGUCUGUUUUCCGUAUUGUAAUUUAUACUAGUUCUGACUAAUCAUCACUUUUUAUGUCAUGAAAAUUUAUACCUUGGCAAACAGAAAAAGUAAAACCUGUUUUAGUCCGUUUUGCAGCUAACGAAGAAUGGUGUAUUAUAACAAAUUAUAUUCAAAGCAUAGUGUUAAAAGCAAAAUAAUGUCUUCUAGUCACCUUUGUCGGAAAAUCUCUCUAGCACUUCUUCCACCUACAUACAUGUAACGCAAAGAGAACUAAUAUAUUUAUUAUUAUGUAAUCCAACUUAUAUUGUACAUGUACUUACACUCAAGCAACUUGUCGUUGCAUUGAAGCAUAAAUUAUUCACGUUCUCGCCAUUAUCCAUUUAGAAAAGAAAUAACCAUCAUAAUAUAAAUUUGGUUAGUAACUGUGAUUGAAAAAUGAACUUCGAAUUUUCAUUGCGCUGCUGUAGAUUUUUGUUAGGAAUCAUUUCAAAAUUUUGACGCUGUACAAAAGAGCCAUAUCGCUGCUCAUGACAUAUCCAAGCAGUUGUUACCAGAAACAAGUAAAUUAAUUAAUGCUAUGCGCCCCAAACUUCUUGAUAUAAAAUCAUUCGAAUUAAUGCCCUUCCUGUAUUUAAACAAAACUAACGAAUAUUACAUUGUCGGAAUGUUCUACACGUAUGUACUGAAUUCAUUUCAUUCGGUUUAGAGAAAAUAAAACCCUUUAAAAUUGCCUAACAU